AAUCCAGUAAAAUGCAUUUUUGAAAAUAGUUAUCAUAAAAACAUGCUUCAAGGAAGAACAUUAGAAUAAGCAAUAUGUGUAAAAGGUCGCAUGGAAGAUACUGGAAAAAUAAGAAUUGCAGUUACAGACAGAUACUGAUCAAUACACGGUGAAGCACAUAAACCAAAAUGACAAGAUGCCCUUUACAGCCGAUGGAGGAAUAGCUUUGCACAAUUUGUUCAAUUCGUUUACAAAGAAGAACAUUAAAUGGAGUCAUGAACAGCUCUAACGAAACUUCUGAUUACAUUUUUAGUGCAGUGAAGACUUCAAUUUAUCUAAUUGAUUUUAUUGUCACUGGUACAUGCAGUCAUGUAAUAAUAAGUACAGUGCAGCAAGAGUUGGAAUUAAAGCAUGAGACCAGAUACAUCCUCCUGUGCCAACAUCUCAUCUAUGCUUCUAUAUACUUUGCCUUGGGCACUCUGACAAAUGGUUUUCAACUCUUCAGUAUCAACUUGCCCAGGAUUCUUUGCUGGAUCCUGUUCACAUUGCAAGUAACAUUCGCACAAUGCAUUAUGCUAACUUUAACCUUAAUGUCCUUGAACGCUUAUAUAGCUAUCUGUUGGCCUUUGCGAUAUAAUUCACUUAUUGAUUCAGCAAAAAAGAAAAUAACUGUAAUAAUGUGGAUGUUGGCAGUGCAGAAUCCAUUGUGGUCAAUGAUAUAUCAAAGUCUGAACGUCUCUUUGGAAUACAUUACUGAAAAAGACAAUAGCUGUCCUAAUCCAAUGAACGGCUUUGCUUCAAGACACAUUGGGAUUGCAUUUAUCCUCCUGUGUUUCAUCUUGAUUGUGUUGUGCUACGGUUUCAUAUACAGAGAAGGAAAAAGGGCUGGACAUUUUGUCACCUCAAAUGUUCAUGCAAGGAAGACUAUUUUUAUUCAUGGUGUGCAAUUAAGCUUUUUCAUUGUUCCCGUUUUGAUCACAAUAGGACUCGGUAAAAAGCCUAAACUGACAUUGUUGUAUCUGAUCAAUACUAUCAUUUUCUCUGUGGCUCAGUGUCUUAGUCCUGUGGUCUAUGGUCUCAGAUGUAAAGAGCUUCGAAAUAAGUUAACUAAAACCAAAUUCUGCUGCUGUACUUUGAAAAAUGGGAAGAGAAAUUAUGGUAUUUUUCAGCUGAAUGUAAGCCUUGCUGCUGAUACUGUGACUGAUACCCAGGGCAAUCAAGUCUGCAAUCCCUGACAAUUGCAUCACUAUUUUUACCAGUCUUGCAAUAAUAGUGUUUAACAAAAUGAUGAAUAA